UCCCUCGCAAAAAGAUUCAGUAGAAGCAUUCAGCUAUCUCUUCUUAUUCUCCUCCUUGGUGUUGGGAUUGCAACAAUUACCGACAUUCAACUCAAUGCGCUGGGCUGCAUCUUGUCUCUUCUUGCGGUUCUCACAACAUGUGUUGCUCAAAUUAUGACCAAUACCAUCCAGAAGAAAUAUAAGGUUUCUUCAACCCAACUUCUAUAUCAGUCAUGUCCAUAUCAAGCGGGGACCUUGUUAAUAUCCGGUCCCUUUUUGGACUGGUUUCUCACAAAUCAAAAUGUAUUUGAUUUCAAUUACACAACUCAAGUGCUGGUUUUCAUCAUUCUAUCUUGCCUGAUUUCAGUGUCUGUGAAUUUUAGCACAUUUCUUGUUAUUGGAAAGACAUCCCCUGUGACCUAUCAGGUUCUGGGUCAUCUGAAGACAUGUCUAGUACUGGCAUUUGGUUACAUAUUACUUCAUGACCCGUUUAACUGGAGGAAUAUACUGGGGAUUGCGAUUGCCCUUGUUGGGAUGGUUCUUUAUUCCUACUUUUGCACUCUUGAGAGUCAGAAAAAGGCUACUGAAGCAGCAUUGCCAUCAUUCCAGGUUAUUGUUAAAUUUCAUUCAUGAUUUCCUUCUAUUUUCCAUAU